AGUACUGACAGUGAUUUGCCAGAAAGAGUUUGUAGUGACGUGAUGGAUUCAUCUUCUCACACUGAGGAGGACUUAUAUGAAUUUGAAAUGAACAACACUGAACAACAGGUGUCCCUUUCCCUGGAAAUGUCAGAAGAAGAAGCAGAAGAAGAAACAAGAAAAGCUGAAGGACAAGUAGCAGAGGGCAUCCUAGGAAAACCACUUAUGAAAAUACAUGAAAGUACCCAUGGUUGUUGCUCUCAACAACAUAAUAUCAAAGUGAAAAUGUCCUCAAACAGUGUACAUCAACGCAUCUAUGACAAGAAGAAUUACUGUCUUUACUGUGAGAAGCCUUAUUCAAAAAUUGCAAGACAUCUACAGCAGAAACAUUCUGAAAAAGUUGAAGUUGCAAAGGCACUAGCACACAUCCGAGGCUCAACCAUGCGUGCUCUUUUAUUAUCCAAAGUAAGGAACAUGGGAAACUACCACCAUAACUGUUCAGUCCUAACCUCUGGGAAAGGAGAGAUCAUACCAAAAAGACAAGCAACAUAUGAAUCAACAGCAAUGGACUAUCUGCCUUGCAAGUUUUGCUUUGCUAUGUAUGUUAAAACAGAUCUCUGGAGACAUCACAAACGUUGCAAAUUACAAGUAAAAGAGAAUAUGCCAGUGAAACGAAAAGUUCAGGCAAGUUGUUCUCUGCUGUUGCCCAUGGACUCUGAAGUUUCCAGUGGACUUAAAAAAAUUAUUGGAGACAUGACAUAUGACGCUGUUACUCAAGUAGUAAAAUCUGACCCGUUGAUUCUGGCACUGGGUGAAAGAAUGUUCCUCAAAAACGGAGAAGUUUCACGGCACCGGGCAGACAUUAGAAAUAAGAUGAGAGAACUUGCCAGACUUCUUCUAGUGACAAGAACUAUUGACAAAGACAUUGUUACUUUUAAGGACUUGAUCAACCCAGGAAAGUUCAACACAGUACUUGACGGAGUAAAAAAGAUGACUGGAUUUGAUAACUCAACAAACCGAUUCUCAAUCCCUUCAACAGCACUAAAACUGCGCCAUUCCCUUGUGAAACUGUCAUAUAUUUUGCAGGGAGAGGCUUUACGUCAAGAGGAUGAUGCCUUGAAGGGAAGAGCAGAGCAAUUCAGUAAAUUAAUUGAACUGGAAUGGAAAGAAACUUAUUUGAAAAGCAAUAUAUAAUGAUAUUAUCAUUGAUGUUGUGGUAUACAUUUAGGCACCCAUCACUGAGGGUGGAAAGUCUGCACUACCGCAGGGGGGGCUCUUUUAGUGAGCUUAUGGGAUUUUCUAUGUGAUAAACUUAAUGGUUUAUUAUGUGAAAAACCAUUUCCGUUGUCAGGAGUGCAGCAAGAGCAAGUAAGAAACCUUCAGUUUAGGAGU